UGAACAUCAUGUGUGUGGCGCACACCUUCCUUCCUCUGAGCACAACACAUUCCACCACUACACCAUCAUCCUAAGCUCAACCAUCAAACUGUUGACAAAACUUUAAUUAAUCUUUUGGAUGUGUUAGUGUGAGAACCAUCUACAAGAAUUGCUCACAAUUCAUUAAAACAGAUUUAAAGGCCGCAAUGUCGUUGUUGUAUAACAUUGGCCCUGAUACCGUUUCAGCCGGCGAUAUUGAUUAGUUGGUUGAGAACGACUAGUUGAAAUGUGUUGUGGCGAGUGUAAGCCAGCCAGUGGAGUGAUGCAGCAAGAUCGGUGGCUCCAUCUAGUAGUGAUCACACCGGCCUCCCACAAGCACCCUCUACCGGAGCAAGUGCCAUGGCUGUGAGCACUAGUUUGGCACCGGCGCCUUACUGUGAAACAGCGUCCAUAGAGUGUACACUGCGUUAUGCUAAAAUAGUUUGAAGUGACUAGAGAUGGUGUGGGUGUGGAGGCGUGCUGUUGGGCGGUGGGGUUGUGGCGGUGGUGAGGCGUGAGGCUGGCAGGAUGCAGCAGCAUCCUCCUGCACCUUCCACAGCACCACCUUCGGGCUAUAUGUACCCAUGGGUGCCCCCAGCACCGAUCUUGCCCAUAUAUGAGCGCCUCACAACACAUUUGGUGCGACACGAUACCAUAACCACCCUGGACCUGCUUCGGUGCCCCACCCUACUGCCCAACAAGGGUCCUCCCUACCAUCAUCACCAGUACUGGCGAAACAAGCACAGAUUCACACACAACUUUGCAGGUGGUGAUGUGGGUGGAUUCAGUGGUGGGCCGGGUGGGGCUACUGGAGCGUCGUUAAGACUCAACCAGUACCCUGCACCCCAUCCCCCUCCAGCUGCUGCCCCACAGCCUCCACAGGGGCCACCGCAGCUGCGUACACAACCACAGCCCCCACCUCAUAAUCCACACAACGCAACAGCUGCCCCUCCUGUGCCACAUUCGCAGCAUCACACACACACUCAUGCUACGUUAACACAGCAUUCACAACACCAUCAAGUUUUACAGGGUGGUGGAGUAGGUGGCCAUGGUACAGGUGGAGUGGGCACGGGAGUAGGUCAGGUUGGAGUCCCACCUGGACCCAGUCCUGCACCCCCAGGGCCUCCACAUGACCUUAGUUCACAGAGUCUCCCUCCAGGAUCAACUCCACAAAUACAGCAAGGUUCGGGAGGGACUUUACCGGUGGCAUCAGCACAUAGUAUGAUGUACUCUUCCACCACACAGAACCAGCCCCAGGGACCACAACCUAAUGCUCAGGGUCAAUUCUACCCUCAUCCUGGAGGACCCAAUGCCCCCCCUCACUUGCACUCCAGUGGCCAACCACGGCAGGUCACCAUUGCUCAUUCACAACAUAUACCAAGUUAUCCUGUAAUGCCACCAAAUGUGAUGCAGUUUUAUCCUUCUGCACAUGGCGGGAGUAAUUUAGUAUACCAGCUCUCACCGGUGAGUAAGAAUGGGAUACGUCAAAUCCUGAAUGGCGUGCCAGCUGGUAGAGGAAGAUGGCUGUCCAACCGGGCUUCUCACCCAACAGAUCUUGAGUUCCAGACUAUGGGUCCCCAUCGUCAGGCAACACCACACUCACAACCUGGGCAGCAGUUUCAUCCUACCCAGAUGGCACAGCCUCACCCACAGGGACCCUACCAGACAAUACAAUACCACCAACCUCAGGGAGGUAAGCACGAGGCUCCUUCCACCCUCCAGUACCGGCAGCCUCAGGGAGUAUUUUACCCACCAGCUACUCAACAACCACCAUUAAAACCAGCUGUAGUUCAAGCUCCACAGAGAGAGAGAAAAACACUAGCUAUUGUAGAUCCAAGUACUGGCAAAAAUAUCUUAGAUGACAUGAAUAAUGAAAAGCCAGACAAGACUCCAACUCCACCCCAGUCAUCAGAAUCUAGUGCCAGCAACACACCGGCACCAAGUGGAACACCACCAACCAAGACAGAAUCUGCAGUUAUAGCUGCUCAAUUUGCAGCUGAAGUAGCGAAAAAAGCUGCAGAAAAGGACGACAUGGAUAUAGAAACGGAGCAUGUAGUUAGGACUAAUAAACCAAGUGACAAUAGCUCUAGUAUUGUAAUAAUUAGUGAUAGUAGAGAAAAUAAAGAAAAAUUAAACAAUAGCAUAGGAAAUAAGGUAGAGUCAGUGAGUAGCAACAUAGUGGACAGUGGUAUUGGAAAGACAGUUCCUGAAUCAGUGGAGGUUAUUAAGCCUCAGCCUAAGCAGCAGCAACAACAACAGGAUUCACAACAGAUGCCAUUGCAACAGUUUCCUCAUCAGGUGCCACCACUACAACAGCAGCAUUUGUCUCAGCAGUUACCACAGCAGUCUCUGCAACAGCAACCACUACAACAGCUACAGCAACAACCAAUACAGCAACCACUACAACAGCUACAGCAACAACCAAUACAACAGCUACAGCAACAACCAAUACAGCAACCACUACAACAGCUACAGCAACAACCAAUACAGCAACCACUACAACCAAUACAGCAACAACCACCAAUACAGCAACCACUACAACCAAUACAGCAACCACUACAACCAAUACAGCAACCACUACAGCAACCACUACAACAGCUACAGCAACAACCAAUACAGCAACCACUACAACAGCUACAGCAACAACCAAUACAGCAACCACUACAACAGCUACAGCAACAACCAAUGCAGCAACAACCAAUGCAGCAGCAACCAAUACAGCAACAGCAGGCAGUGCAAACAUCUAUGCAGCAAUUGCCACAACAGUCACUGCAUCAGUUGCCACCACAGCAACCUUCACCGCAACCACUGCAGCAGGUAUCACAACCACCAUCACAGCAGCCACUGCAGCAGUUACCACAACCUGCACCACAGCAGGCACCACAACAGUUAACACAACCACCCCCACAAAAACAAAAACCACCAGCUUCCCAGCAGCCUCAGCAGCCAGUUCAACAACCACCACAGCCACCAGUACAGCAACAGCCUCAACAACCACCACCACCACCACCAUCAUGCCAACUGCCGCACCAGCCAGCAGAAUCUGUCUCUCCUCAGCCACAGCCACAGCCACAGCAGCAGGCUCAGACUCCGCAAACACAGAAACAUCCAGAUUCUUUACAAAAGACAGAGGCUUUGGGAAAGCCUUUGGCAACAGCCCAAACUGAGGCUAGAGAGACUCAGCCUCCAGUGAAAGCUGAACCACAGCCACCUGUUAAGCAGCCUAGCCCAAAACCAGCUGUUGUACCCACACCUUCACCAAAGGAGAAAGAAGUUAAUCCAGAACCACAGUCUGCACAGAGCAAGCGUGGAAAGGGAGUUCCUCGUGAGGAAACUACCCCAGCGCGAGAUACUGUUGUUGAUAGUGUGGAGCAGCCUCAACAGCCACAGAUACCAGCACCUCCACAAAAAGCAGCAACACCUGCUGCUGUUCAACAGCCAGCUGACAAAAUACCAACUCCGGUUACAGCAACCAAGGAAAAAAAGGAAAAAGAGAAAACUCCAGAACCAGUGCAGCCUGUUAAGCCACAGCCACCUCCUCCACAGAAGCCAACUUCGGCACCUCCCUCUAAAGAGGCAACUCCUCAACCUGCACCAUCUCCCACACUUCCAGAAGAGCCCAAGAGCGAACGUUCAUCAAAAGACAGGGAAAUAAACAGUGUGGAGCGUGAAGUUAAUAAUGUGCAUGAUGAGAAGGAAGAAGAGAAAAAAGAUGAUGGCCCGCAACUUAAAUACAGCUACAAGGAAGACCAGUGGAGUCCAGUUAAUCCAGAAGGGAAGCGUCAGUAUGAUAGAAGAUUUCUAUUGGAGUUGCAAAAUAAUCCGCUUUCGCUCAAAAAGCCAGAGUCACUUCCCAAUCUAGAGGUGGUGAGGGAUGGACCUGGACGGCAUAAAGGUUUUGAUCCCCGUGGCCUUGCGACUCAUGUUGGGGGUGGUCCAGACUUCACUCCAGAUUAUGUUAAAUCUGCAAUGGGAAAUAAGCAACCAAGAAUGGUUGGGCGCAAUAGUCAGCAGCGUCGUGAAACAGGUGGUGGUCCGGUGAACAGGGGUGGUGGUGGUGGCCGUAGUGGUCAGGCAAAAAUAAUAGUUAUUCCCUCGACUGGACGAGAAUCAAAACUUAAGACUACGGAAAAUGCCUGGAAACCAUCAGUGAAGGAAAGCAAAACUUCAGAAGAUACAAAGACAGAUGAGGUGGUGAAAGUAAUGAGAGGUAUCCUUAACAAACUUACACCAGAGAAGUUUGCAAGACUAGUUGACACAGUGAAGACGCUGCCCAUCAACACUACAGAAAGACUUUCUGCUGUUAUUGACCUCAUUUUUGAAAAGGCUGUAGAUGAACAAGGGUUCUCCUCUACUUAUGCAGAGAUGUGUCAGGUUCUCUCCUUAAUGUCCGUACGAGGAAAUGGCAUGGAAACUGGAAACCCUGGCAAAUCCGAGGUUAAGUUCAGGAACCUCAUCAUAAACAAGUGUCAAAAGGAAUUUGAAAAGGAUAACACGGAUGAAUUUAAGGCUGAAAAGCGUGUGGAGAUUGAAAUGUUAGCCGAUGUGACCCCUGAAAAGAAAUUAGAACUGCUAGCCAAAUUUGAUUAUGAAGAGACAAAAAUGAGAAAACGAUCUGUAGGUAAUAUCAGAUUUAUUGGUGAGCUUUACAAGUUACGUAUGCUGACAUCUCCAAUUAUGAUGCGCAUUAUUGGCACUCUAUUAGAAAAAGGAGAUGAGGAAUCUUUAGAGUGCCUCUGUAAAUUACUUACUACCAUUGGUAAGAUCCUUGAAAGUCAGUGUGCUCAGCAACCAAAGGCAAUGUCUGAGUUGGACAAGCACUUCAAACACAUGGACAGGGUUGUCAAUGAGCGUCAGACAAACAGCCGGGUGCGAUUUCUAAUGAUGGAUGUCAUUGAUCUUCGCCAAAAUAAUUGGAUUCCAAGAAGAGAAGACAGUAAGCCAAAGACCAAGGCUCAGGUUCAAGAGGAAUUCAAGAGGGAAGAAAUUGAGCAACAGAUCGCUUUGGCAUCUAAUACUAAUAGAAGAGAUGACCGGGAUCGUGACCGGGACCGCAGACGUAGUCGGGAUAAUAGAGGCCCACAGAUGUCUGACGAUGGUUGGAACACAGUUGCCUCAACCAAGGGAAGAACUUCUUUCGAUUCUUCACGUCUAAAGAACACAUUUAGUAGGCCUGGUGCUGCAGAAUCAAAGGAAGUAACAUUAAGAGGUACCGGUUUUGGAAAUUGGGCACGUGGCAGCUUAGGUGGAGGCUUGAAGGACCAUGAUGAAGGAAAGCAACAAGAGAGCAACCGUUUCAAUGUAUUAAUGGACAGUAUGGGAGGCAACGCCAUACCGGGAGAUAACAGAAGAGGAACACCUUCAAUGGGUGGAAACCGUCUUCCUCCUGGUGGUGCCCCUGCCCGGCAAGGUGGGUUUGGCAGUAAGAGUAUGCCACCUCCCUCCAAUGACAAAGAGAGUGCAAUUUCAGCUGUCAAGAAAUUCGUUGGACAAGAUCGCAGCAAAUCUACUAGUCGUCCAGAAUCCAGAGACAGUUCUGUACCUCGUGAAACUGGUGAUGCCUUGAGAGGAUAUCAAUCAAUUGAUGAAAUAACGGCAGAAAAGUUUGCGAAUGCCAUUAUUGAAGAAUACACCCAUAAUGCUGAUCCUGGGGAGGCAAAGCUGUGUAUAAGGGAGAAGUUUGCACCAAACACUAUUAAAUAUUUCGUGCAGAGUACGUUUGAAUGGGUUUUAGACCGUGAUGCCAAGAAAAGAAGAAUGGUCGGUCAGUUAUACCAUGACCUUAUUGUAGAAAGUCUUCUCUCAGUGGAUCAGUUACUUGAAGGUUCUCAGAGUGCACUAAGAAUGACAGAGGAAUAUGAGAUUGACAUUCCUCAAGUGUAUGACUAUCUAGGAGAAAUAUUUGCUCCCUGCCUGAUUGACAAUGCAGUCUCUCUAAAAAGACUUAUAGAGUUAUCCAGUUUUUCAAAAAAGAAGGCAAAUAUAUUUGCUAGUAUUUUAGCAAAGGCUGCAAUGAUUAUGAGUCCUAAUAAGGUUGCUGAUGUUUGGAAUUCCUCUGGUCUUAGUUGGUCUUCUAUAAUUCCCCCUGGUGCCAAUGUUGAAGACUUCCUCGCAAAAUUCCAUGUGGAAUUCACAGUGGAUCGUAGUAAUCUGGGAAACCAAAGUGGAUGGAAUCCCCAAAAGGUUGAGGGAGAGUUCCUUAAGCUGUUCAAGAGAGCAUCUAAUGAUGAAAUCUUCGGUUGGAUUGAUGCAAAUAUUGGGAAUGAUGCCAAGAGCAGCAAAUUCAUACGUGCCUUGGUGACCGCCUUAGUGGAGAGUCAAGCUACUACUUCUAAUGAUGGUUCCUCAAUUCGUGUAUCUGAAGACUUUGAGGACAAAAUGAAGAACCGUUUGGCUGUGGUGCUCAAGUAUGUUGACAACAAUGAAUCAUUGGAGAUGCAGUGCAUAUUUGCCCUCCAGGCUCUUAGUGUUAAACAUCAACAUCCUCCAGGUCUUCUAGAAAAGUGCUUCAAUGCAUUUUAUGAUUCUGAAGUUGUUUCUGAAGAGGCCUUUGAUGAGUGGGCCAAGUCUCAGGACCCAGAGGAACAGGAGGGAAAGGGUGUUUGUGUUAACUCUGUCAAAAAUUUCAUGCGGUGGUUAAAGGAAGCUGAUGUAGAAGAAACAGAAACUCAUGCCUGAGGGUUUGCCCCUCUAACCUCCUUAAUUCUUCCUUUAAGUGUUGAUACAAAGAUAUGUCAAGUUUUUGUUACUCAUGGAUUUCAAUAUAUUUUAGAAAAAAAGUGAACUGAAAAGGAGCCAAAUUAAUUGUUUUUACUGCAGUGAAUAGUGUCUUGAGCCUGGCACGAAGGGCAGGUAUUGUAGACUUCCAGCCAUUAGUGUUGGAAUGCACUAGGCAGAUGCUGGUAGUCUCCCUGUUGUCUCUCUCUCAAUACGAGGGCUACACCACAGGUUGGACACAGCAAGCUGAUGUACGAGUGGACUUUUGAAACUUAAUAUGCUGCCUAAAUUGUGUUUUUUUUAUAUACUAUUGUAAAAAGUGCACAUGAACAGGUUAAAAAUGUUAUAAGAAAGUGCAGGUGGUUUUGUAAUCUUCGCUAGGGUGAGCAUCAGUUGCAUAUUAUUGUUAUUGUGUUAUAGCAUAGUUAAAAUGAAAACUGCAUUCCCUUCACUUCCAAGAUAUUGAGUGAUUGUAUAGAGGAUAUAUGCAUUUAGAUACUUGAAAGCUCAGUUACUUGUUUACAGCUUGGCUCCUCAUAAGUUUUGUAAAUUAUGGCUCAAAUUCUGUGAUUUAUUUUGUAUAUUUAUAUAAAUAUUUAAAAGUCGUGUACAGACCCGAGCAUGUGCCUAAGGCUGGAGGAUAUGCUUGCUGGUUGCUGUCAACUCCCUUGAACUCUCCUGCUACCCAGGGAUGUUGACAUACUGUUGAGUUUAAUAUGCAAAAUGUGACAUUUGCAACCCACGGCGAGCUGCUGUUUGUCCCAUCAAGCGCUUGCUACUCCGCUAGUUGUUAUUUCGAGAUUGUUGGGCUUUGACCUGUGCCUUCUGACCUUGUGACUUGUCAUGGUGAUGAACUGGUGAUGUGAUGAUUAUGUCUGACGUAACCUCUACCCAUCCCUAGCUGAUGCUCGUGCUCCAUGCUGUCCCAUUUAUUGCUGCUGCUGAGCUUUGUAACAUGAGAGAAUCCCUAAAUGAACCACUAUUUUGUGGAAGGGGUAUUAGUUUACUCGACUCUCACAGACGUGCUAAAUAGUGUGCUGGGCACAGGACAGAGUUCAACCUCUCGUAUCGUUAAUGCGUUACUAUAAGCAAAAGGAAAACUGGGGUUAUAUUUAAGAUGAAGUGCUAUAAAUUAAUAUUGUAAACCAUAUCGCCUCUGAAAAUAAAUUUAAUAUUUACAA